UCAUUUUGACACGAGAGAGGAAAGACAGAUAACUUGUCUCAACUCAUAUCAAACCGCAUAUCCAAUGUCGACCAUAAGCACAGGCAAUUAGUAAGGUAAGAGACAGGAGAAAGAAAGUCUGGGGUCAAGAAAGUUCAACGUCCAUGAUCUUUCUAUAAUUUGGUCAAAUAUUCUCCCACCAAAAAUUGGACAGAACAAAGCAUAAUGGAAGGAACACUUGAAGUAGAAAAUGGAAAAACACCAGAAAAAAAUGGUGUUGAAGGGCCAUAUGAACCUGAGCCAGGAACAUUUGAAUCAAUGGAGGGUUUAGUUCGUUGCUCAGCAAAUAGUAAUGCAUUGUCUCCAAUAAGCUUCAUAGAGAGAGCAGCAAAAGUAUGCAGAGAGAGAACGUCUGUUGUGUAUGGUAAUAUGAAGUAUAAUUGGGGUCAAACUCAUCAACGUUGUCUCAAACUCGCUUCUGCUCUUUCCCAAUUAGGAAUUUCCCGUGGUCAUCUGGUUGCUACAUUAGCGCCUAAUGUCCCUGCAAUGUAUGAGCUGCAUUUUGCAGUACCAAUGGCCGGAGCCAUUCUUUGUACUCUUAAUUCUCGCCUAGAUGCAGCUAUGGUAUCAGUCCUGCUGGAGCAUUCACAAGCUAAGAUUCUUUUUGUAGACUAUCAACUACUUGAAAUUGCUCAGGGAGCAUUGAACUUGCUUCGCGAAAGAGGAACAGAAUUGCCAAUUAUAGUGUUACUUACUGAUUCUGAAUACUCAUCUACAAUUGACAUUACAUCAACGAGUUAUGAGUAUGAGAAAUUAGUGGAUGUUGGUCAUAAUGAUUUUAAUAUAGUGAGACCACGGAGUGAAUGGGAUCCUAUAAGUGUAAAUUACACAUCAGGUACCACGUCUAGUCCUAAAGGAGUUGUCUACAGUCACAGAGGUGCGUAUCUAAACUCUUUAGCGGCGGUUUUAGUCUCUCAAAUGGACCUUUUUCCUGUUUAUCUUUGGAUUGUUCCAUUAUUCCAUUGCAAUGGGUGGUGCCUCCCUUGGGGAGUGGCUGCACAGUUUGGGACCAAUAUUUGUUUAAGGAAAGUAUCUCCAGAGAACAUAUUUGACAAUAUAAUUCAGCAUAAGGUGACACACAUGGGUGGAGCUCCUACUGUGUUGAACAUGAUUGUGAAUUCUGCACUGACUUAUAGAAAGCCACUCAAACACAAGGUUGUAGUGAUGACAGCAGGUUCUCCACCACCACCACAGAUCCUUUCUAAGAUGGAAGAAAUUGGUUUUAGCAUUUCUCACCUAUAUGGCUUGACGGAAACAUAUGGUCCAGGGACUUUUUGUGCAUGGAGACCUGAGUGGGACAUGCUGCCUCCUCAAGAAAGAUCAAAGAUGAAAUCCAGACAAGGCGUGCCCCAUGUAGGUUUGGAGGAAAUUGAUGUGAAAGAUCCUGCAACUAUGGAAAGUGUUGUAGCUGAUGGAAAAUCAGUUGGUGAGGUAAUGUUUAGAGGGAAUACAGUGAUGAGUGGAUAUUAUAGAGAUUUGAAAGCAACAAAAGAAGCUUUCAGAGAUGGAUGGUUUCAUAGUGGGGAUCUAGCUGUGAAACACUGUGAUGGUUACAUAGAAGUUAAGGACAGAUUGAAGGAUGUAAUACUCUCUGGAGGAGAAAACAUUAGCUCAGUAGAGGUAGAAACCGUUUUGUAUAGCCAUCCAGCAGUUCUAGAAGCCGCAGUUGUUGCUCGGCCAGAUGAUCAUUGGGGUGAAACUCCUUGUGCUUUUUUGAAGCUGAAAGAUGGGUCUGAUGCAAAUGCUGAAGAGAUAAUCACCUUUUGUAGGGAACGUUUGCCUCAUUACAUGGCUCCUAAAACAAUCAUUUUUCUAGAAAUGCCAAAGACUUCAACAGGGAAGAUACAAAAGUAUAUUCUGAGGGAGAAAGCCAAGGCUUUGGGCAGUACUUCAGGCUCCAUUGAUUGUGAAAAAUAUUGUAGUUGAUUGGUCAAAUAAGUUUAAGGAAUAAUGAAAAGAUUAAAUUCCAUUUUUAUUUUAACAAUUAUAGUUUAAUGUUGAAUAGAAAA